CACAGCAUCAACCUACAAGAAGUGGAUAGCAGAAAAUAAUAUGGUCAUGUCCUGGCUAGUCAACUCUAUGACCCCUGACAUUGGUGAAAAUUUUCUGUCAUUUGAUACUGCCAAAGAAAUCUGGGACAUUGCAAAAGAAACUUUCUCAGACAAGGAAAACACAUCUGAAAUCAUCCAGAUUGAAGGCAUCCUCCACGAUUUGCGUCAAGGAAACCUUACGGUAACUGAAUAUUUCAAUACUCUUACUCGUCUAUGGCGUCAACUUGAUACGUUUGAGGUUCAUAACUGGAAUUGUGUUACAGAUGGUUUGUUGUAUAAAAAGAUUGUCGAAGGGAAACGUGUGUUUAAAUUUUUGUUAGGUUUGAACAAAAAUCUUGAUGAAAUCAGAGGAAGAAUCAUGGGAGUAAAACCUCUACCUAGCCUCAGAGAGGCAUUCUCUGAAGUGCGUCGCGAAGAAAGUCGGAAAAAUCUCAUGAUGGGAUCCCAUCAACAACUGAAUAUGGCAGAAAGCUCGGCUCUUAAGACUCAAUUCGCUCCUUUUGACAACCGUCAAAAAAUUAAAGGAGGUAGACCUUGGUGUGAUCAUUGCAAAAAGCCGGGACACUCAAGAGAAACUUGCUGGAAGAUUCAUGGAAAGCCAGUAGAUUGGAAGCCACGUCAACCACUUGAGAAAGAAGGACGAGGCAAUCAUGUGGCUACCGAUGAACAAUCGCCACAACCUGAAGCUAGCCCUUUUAAUAAGGAGCAAAUGGAGAUGCUUCAGAAACUACUGUCUCCUCUCUUGUCAGUACAGUCACAAACUGGCUCAUCUUCCAACCAGCUCAUUGGUUCCGGAACCUUGGCUCACAAAGGAUUUGGAUUCGGGGAAGACGAUUGGCAAUGCUGAGGAAUGCUCUGGACUCUACAUCCUUAAGGAGCUCCAUGAUCCACAAGAACAACCUCAAAUGGCAGUUGGUAGUAAUUCUUUUUCGGUUUCAUGUCAAAAUAACGAUAGUGCAAUUAUGUUGUGGCACUAUCGCUUAGGUCAUCCAAAUGUUAUGUAUCUCAAGCAUUUAUUUCCUUCAUUAUUUCAUAAAAAUCCAAAAUCCUUUGAGUGCGAAAUCUGUCAAUUAUCAAAGCAAGUCCGGUCUCAUUUUCCCAUUCAACCCUAUAAAGAGUCUAGUCCAUUCUCAAUGAUUCAUAGCGAUAUCUGGGGUCCGUCAAGAAUAAAAGAUGUAACUGGUACUAGGUGGUUUGUCUCAUUCAUAGAUGAUCACACUAGAUUAACUUGGGUAUUCCUCAUGAAAGAAAAAUCUGAAACGAGUCAAAUUUUCAAAAAUUUUAAAAAUAUGAUUCAGACCCAAUUCCAGUCAAAAAUACAAAUUCUAAAGUCUGAUAAUGCUAGGGAUUAUUUCAACUCCAUUCUAGGAGAAUUUCUAGCACAAGAAGGGAUAGUUCACUUAAGUUCAUGUGUUGAUACCCCACAACAAAACGGAAUCGCUGAAAGGAAAAAUAGGCAUUUGUUAGAGGUGGCUAGAUCACUAAUGUUCUCCAUGAAUGUUCCAAAAUUAUUCU